AAGUGCCACCCGUUUACUUUACAAGUGACGUCACCGUAUUGGUCACCGUGUUGGGUGGGACCCGUUUUACUAUAGAUUCGGCAAAUCGAAUCGUCUACUGUGCAGUUUGAUUAGCUUGAUGUUUAUGCAGCAAAGGAUUUUAAAUUAGAUUCGGUAAGUGUUCUCUCUUAUUAAUUUGCUGUCGAUGGUAAAUAUAGAGAGCAAGCUGAAAAAACUCAGAUUUCAUAGCGAGUUCUGCUUCAUUGAUCGCGUUCAAGAGAAUUGAAACAAUAUACGUACCCGAAACAAAAUAUAGUAUUUUUUGAAAAUAAUAGUGUAUGGAAUAGUUUUGAUGAAAACUAAAUAGACUAAAAAAUCACAGGCGUGUUAAUAUAAAUGACUUUUUCUUCAACAGAUUAACGGCUGUUCUAUGCUCUAAUAUAGGCCUAAAAUAUUCUAGCAAUUAUAUAUAAUUGAAGAUGGUGCUAUUGCAGCGGGGUGAGUGGGUUUGGAUUGAACCGGAAAGUCCCGGCGAAUUUGAGGUGGCUAUUGGAGCUCAAGUAAAAUCAACAGGUUCUGGGCAAGUUCAAUUAGUGGAUGACGACAAGAAAGAAGUAUGGGUAAAAAGCGGUACAAAGCUGAAGGCUAUGCAUCCGUCUUCCGUAAGCGGUUUAGAAGAUAUGAUAGGAUUAGGGGACUUAAACGAGGCUGGAAUAUUACGUAAUCUCUUCAUACGUUACUUUGACAACUAUAUUUAUACGUACACGGGUUCAAUUUUGGUUGCUGUUAAUCCCUACCAAAUUUUACCAAUUUAUACUGCUGAACAAAUAAAAUUAUAUCGAGACAAGAAAAUCGGAGAGCUUCCACCGCAUAUUUUUGCCAUAGGAGAUAAUUCUUACACAAAUAUGAAACGUUAUGAGCAAAAUCAAUGUAUAAUAAUCAGCGGUGAAUCAGGUGCGGGAAAAACAGAAUCUACAAAAUUAAUUCUCCAAUUCUUAGCUGCUGUUUCCGGUCAGCAUUCUUGGAUCGAACAACAGAUUCUUGAAGCCAACCCUGUUAUGGAAGCUUUUGGAAAUGCUAAAACUAUUCGUAAUGAUAACUCUUCUAGAUUUGGAAAAUACAUUGAUAUUCACUUUGAUAAAAAAGGAUCCAUUGAAGGCGCUAAAAUUGAACAAUAUCUAUUAGAAAAAAGUAGAAUAGUUAGUCAAAUGCACAAUGAAAGAAAUUAUCAUAUUUUCUAUUGUAUGUUGGCUGGUCUAUCAAAAGAGGAAAAAGACAAGCUCGAUUUGAAAACCGCCGAAGACUACCAUUAUUUAGUUCAGGGUGGUGAUACGAAAUGCGAAGGUCGAGACGAUGUUAAAGAAUUUCAUGAUAUUCGUUCGGCCAUGAAGGUUUUGAUGUUUAGCGACGAGAGAAUUUGGGAUAUUUUGACAAUCUUAUCCGCAUUGCUCCAUCUCGGAAACGUUGGUUUUAGUGCCACUGUUGUCAAUAACAUUGACGCAUGUCAAGUGAAAAACAUGUCUGAAUUAGAAAAAGUUGCUCGUUUGCUGAAAGUUAACUCAGGAGAUUUGAAGAAGUCUCUAACAACUAGGACUAUUUAUACCAGAGGAGAAGUCGUGCUAACUCAACUUUCUGAUGAGGCGGCAUUAGACGUAAGAGAUGCUUUUGUUAAAGGUGUUUAUGGACGUAUGUUCAUUUGGAUUGUUGAUAAAAUUAAUGAAGCCAUUUAUAAGCCAAACGAGAAGCACGCUUAUCGAAAAUCCAUUGGAGUUCUCGACAUAUUCGGAUUCGAAAAUUUUGAUAAAAACAGCUUCGAGCAGCUGUGCAUUAACUAUGCGAAUGAGAAUCUUCAACAAUUCUUUGUUCAACACAUCUUCAAACUAGAGCAAGUAGAAUAUAAUAACGAAGCCAUUAGCUGGAGCCAUAUUGAAUUUGUAGACAAUCAGGAGGCGUUAGAUAUGAUUGCCUGUAAGCCCAUGAAUAUAUUGGCUUUGGUUGAUGAGGAGAGUAAAUUUCCAAAGGGUACAGAUAAAACCAUGUUGGAAAAGCUACAUAGUCAACAUGGAAGGAAUAAAAAUUAUCUCAAGCCCAAAUCGCAGGUUAACUUAUCUUUCGGUCUAAACCAUUUUGCAGGAGUUGUCUUCUAUGAUUCCAAGGGCUUUCUUGAAAAGAAUAGAGAUACAUUUAGUGGAGACUUAAUGCAACUGAUAACAAAUUCUAAAUUCAAUUAUUUAAGCGGCUUGUUUAAAAAUGAUGCUGGAAUGGGCACAGAAACAAGAAAACGAUCGCCAACUCUAAGCAUCCAGUUUAGAACCAGUUUGGAUUCUUUGAUGAAAACUCUGAGUGCUUGUCAACCAUUCUUUGUUCGUUGUAUUAAGCCAAAUGAAUUCAAAAAGCCUCUAAUGUUUGAUAGAGAACUAUGCUGCCGUCAAUUACGUUAUUCGGGUAUGAUGGAAACCAUAAGAAUUCGAAGGGCAGGAUAUCCAAUUCGCCAUAGAUUUGAUGACUUUGUUGAUCGUUAUAGGAUAUUAAUAUCAGGCGUUGGCCCAUCACAUACCGUAGAAUGUAGAGCUGCCUCCAAGAAAAUUUGCAAAGAAGUUCUUAAAGACGCUGACUAUCAACUGGGUAAGACAAAGGUAUUUCUCAAAGAUGCUCAGGACGCAUAUCUAGAACAGGAGAGAGACAGAGUAUUGACCAGAAAGCUUAUCUACAUUCAAAAAGCAAUUAGAGGAUGGCAACAUAGAAAACGCUUCGAACAGAUGAAGAGUUGUUGCGUUAUUAUUCAAGCUGUUUACAGGAGUUGGACCGCACAGAAACGUUACGAGGCUAUAAAGAUGGGAUUCCAACGUUUACAAGCUCUUGUGCGAUCACGUCAAUUAACACAUAAGUUCACAACUACCAGAACAAGGCUUAUAGCUCUCCAACGUCAUUGUCGUGGUUUCUUGGGACAAAUCUGGUAUGAACAGAGAAUGAAGAGUGCUGUAAUUCUACAAGCUGCUUUCCGAAUGAUGUUUGCUCGCAAUCAUUAUAGAAAGGCGAAGAUUGAACAUAUGAAAUUAAUGGAAUUGGAAAGGCAACGAAAAGAAGAGGAAGAGAGACUUCGUAAAGAAAUGAAUGCAAAGAAGGCCAAAGAAGUUGCCCAAAAACACCAUCAAGAGAGACUUGAAGGUUUAGAACAAGCUGUUGAAGAAGAGAUGCAAACUGAAAAGAAGAGAGCAGAAGCGAAAGCGAAACAAAUUACAGAUGCAGAAGCUCGUAAAGAUCAACCCGUCAACGAAACAGACAUUAUUGCACAAUUGUUCGAAUUUACUGAAAAUCUAACUGAAUCUGGUCAACCGGCUGCUGGACGUUAUGAUGAUUUGAAAUCUGUUGAACGAGAUAAUAUGUCUCAGGAUACAGAUAUUGUUUCUCCGCCUGUUCCACCUGAUGAAGAUGAUGAUAUUUCAGAUUACAAGUUCAGCAAGUUUGCUCAACUAUAUUUUCAAGGAAAUGCAUCCCACUCUUAUGUUAGAAAAGCUAUCAAAAAUCCUUUGCUACCCUUGAAAAAUGAAGGAGAUCAACUUGCCGCUCUAGCCGUUUGGGUGAUAAUAUCACGAUUUAUGGGUGAUCUUCCUGAGCCUAAAUAUCAUACUUCGCUUUCUGAUGUUAAAGAUACAACGCCUGUCAUGACAAAAAUCUAUUCAACUCUUGGUCGAAAGUUUAAUAAAAAAGAUUUAGAAGAGGCUCAAAAAGAGGCCAGUGAAAUGGAAAAAGAGCACCCUGUUCACUCAACUCAUAGGCCAAAAGGUACAACCAAGAAAAACAAAUUAAUAUCCCUAACACUUAAGAAAAAAUCAAAGAUUACCGAGGACGUUGCCAAUAAGCUGAGAAAUGGAGAAUAUACUGGAUCAGGAAAUGCUUUAUUAGAAGAUAAGCCAACAAAUAAUUUAGAAAAGCUACACUUUAUAAUUGGACAUGGAAUCCUCAGACCAGAAAUGAGAGAUGAAAUUUAUUGUCAAAUUUGUAAACAACUCACACAGAACUCAUCCAAAACAAGUCAUGCCCGUGGCUGGAUUCUUUUAUCUUUAUGCGUUGGAUGUUUUGCACCAUCUGAGAAAUUUAUUAAAUAUCUUAGAUGCUUUAUUAAAGAAGGCCCACCAGGCUAUGCACCCUAUUGUGAAGAGAGACUGAGAAGAACAUUUGCUAAUGGUACAAGAAAUCAACCUCCUUCCUGGUUAGAAUUACAAGCAACAAAAUCGAAAAAACCAUUAAUGCUUCCAAUAACUUUUAUGGAUGGUAAUACCAAAACUCUGCUUGCUGAUUCUGCAACAACUGCUAGAGAAUUAUGUAAUCAACUUGCUGACAAAAUUGGUCUUAAAGAUAGAUUUGGAUUUUCUCUAUAUAUUGCUUUAUUUGACAAAGUUUCAUCUUUGGGCUCAGGAGGUGAUCACGUUAUGGAUGCUAUCUCUCAGUGCGAGCAAUAUGCCAAAGAGCAGGGUUCGCAAGAGAGAAAUGCACCAUGGAGACUCUUUUUCCGCAAAGAGAUAUUUGCUCCAUGGCAUGAUCCAGCUGAAGACUCGGUAUCGACUAACCUCAUUUAUCAACAAGUUGUCAGAGGUAUUAAAUUUGGAGAGUAUCGAUGCGAGAAAGAUAGCGAUUUGGUUAUGAUUGCCGCUCAACAAUAUUACAUAGAUUAUAGAGGUGAACUGUCAUUGGAAAGAGUUCAAGCUGUUCUUCCUUCAUACAUUCCUGAUACUGCAAUAGAAGGAGCGAAGACUCUAAAUUUCUGGCUAAAGGGUGUAAUGAACUCCUAUAGACGAUCUUAUUUUGUAACAGAAAGAGUACCUCCUCUCCGUGUUAAAGAAGAUAUUGUAAACUUUGCCAAGUUUAAAUGGCCUCUAUUAUUUUCAAGAUUCUACGAAUCUUACAAAUUUGCUGGACCUUCUCUACCGAAGAAUGACGUCAUAAUAGCUGUUAACUGGACUGGUGUUUAUGUUGUAGAUGACCAGGAAAAUGUGUUAUUGGAACUUAGCUUCCCUGAAAUUACAGCUGUGUCAAGUAGCCGUACUGGCAAAAUGCAUGGUCAGAGCUUCACUCUUGCAACAGUAAAAUGUGAAGAAUACACAUUUACUUCGCCAAACGCUGAAGAUAUUAGAGAUUUAGUUGUAACAUUCUUAGAAGGGUUGAAACAACGUUCAAAAUACGUCAUUGGUCUACAAGAUUAUAAAGCUCCUGUUGAACAACCUAACUUUUUAUCUUUCAAAAAAGGAGAUCUAAUUAUCCUAGAAGAGGCAAAUGGAGAGAGUGUAAUGAGCUCUGGAUGGUGUUUCGGAGAAUGUGCUAGAACUGGACAUAGAGGAGACUUCCCUGCUGAAUGUGUUUACAUUCUUCCAACAGUGACCAGACCACCUCCGAAAAUAUUGAAUCUGUUUGCACAACAAAGUGAACAUCCUGAUAAAUUCAUACAAUCUUCUGUACCCGAUACGGAAGAAUCGCAGAUUUAUACCUUGAAAGAAUAUUCUUUUGAUCACUUUAGAAUACCGGCAAAGAAAACUUUAUCGAAAACGUUAACAAUCAGCAAAAGGAAACGCCAGGAUGACUUGUGGCGUCAUAGUAAAGAACCAAUUAAGCAGCCUCUAUUGAAAAAAUUACAAGGAAAAGAUGAUUUGAGUCAAGAAGCGUGCCAAUGCUAUUUGGCUAUCUUGAAAUAUAUGGGUGAUCACCCAUCUCCGUCUGGUCGAAAGAGAGCCGAUUUAACUGAUCUUAUAUUUGAACCUCCAAUUAAACAUGAUGUACUUAAAGAUGAAAUAUAUUGUCAAAUUAUCAAGCAAUUAACUGAUAACAAAGGAAGCCAGAGCGUUAUUGCAGGCUGGGAAUUGAUGUGGUUGGCAACUGGGUGCUUCACUCCAGGUACAAAUCUAUUAAAGGAGGUUAUGCUUUUCCUAAGAUCGCAUAAGGACUUGCCUACUGCUCAUGAUUCUAUAAACCGACUCCAAAAAACCCUGAGAAAUGGAGCAAGGAAAUAUCCUCCCCAUAGUGUAGAAGUUGAAGCGGUUUCUCAGAAUAGAACUCAGAUCUUCCAUAAGGUGUACUUCCCAGAUGAUUCAGACGAAUCUUUUGAAGUUGAUUCGUCAACCAGAGCAAAGGACUUCUGUUCAAAUAUUGCACAUAAAUUGAAGUUAAACUCACCCGAAGGAUUUUCACUAUUUGUUAAGAUUGCUGAUAAGGUUAUAUCAGUUCCGGAAGGCGACUUCUUCUUUGAUUUUGUACGACAUUUAACUGACUGGAUAAAGAAAGCUAAAUCGAAUCAGGAAAACCAGUCACCUAGUUUCAGUUAUCAAGUGUUCUUUAUGAAGAAACUAUGGUCAAACACAGUUCCAGGUAGAGACAGAAAUGCUGACAUUAGAUUCCAUUAUCAUCAAGAAUUACCUAAACUUCUACGGGGCUAUCACAAAUGUACCAAAGAAGAAGCUGCUCAACUUGGUGCUCUUAUCUUCCGCGUUAAAUAUGGUGAUAACAAAGAUAAGACGAGCGAAUUACAACAAAUUUUGAAGGAGUUGAUCCCUGUCGAUAUGAUAAGAACCAUGGCUCCCGACGACUGGAGAAGACAAAUUCUCUCACACUAUCAACAAGAUAUUGGAUUGUCAUCUAGUGAUGCUAAAAUCAAAUUCCUAAAGGCUAUUUACCAAUGGCCAACAUUCGGUUCUGCCUUCUUUGAAGUUAAACAAACUACUGAACCUGAACUACCAGAAAUACUCUUAAUUGCCAUUAAUAAGAAUGGUGUUAAUCUUAUUGAUCCAAAAACUAAGAACAUUCUCGCCGUUCAUCCAUUCACAAGAAUUUCCAAUUGGUCCAGUGGAAAUACAUACUUUCAUAUGACACUUGGUAAUUUGGUUCGCGGUAGCAAAUUAUUAUGUGAAACAGUUCUGGGCUACAAAAUGGAUGACCUGUUAACCUCUUAUAUCAGCUUGAUGUUAACCACAAUGAAUAAGCAAAAAACGCUAAGACGUUAG